UUGGAUUCUACCCGACUUCUGCCUCUAUUGGAUUCUACCCGACUUCUGCCUCUAUUCGGUUUCUGUUUUGUUUUAUUAAUACAACGAAAAACAAUGUCGAGCAGACAGCUGAGGAAGCUGCAGAAGCAGAAAGAGCUGCAGGAGCUCGAGGCGCAGAACGCCGCCCAGGAUGAUGAAUCAAGUGAAGAUAACCAACCUGCGCAAAAACCGAGAGCAAGCUUGUUCUCGGGGCUCGCAGCUCUAGAGGGUCACGAUGAAGACGACGAUGACGUGGAUCUUGACGAAAAGGAUGAUGAGUCGACGAAGACACCAGUAAUUGCCGUCGCCGAACCCGACAAGACCAACACCAACACACCCAAAAGCGCGUCGAAGAAAAGUAAGAAGAAGAAAAAGAAGGCUAAAAAGCAGGAUGCUAGUCCGUCCAAACCCGAGACUGCCUCACAUAAUGGACCGGACGAGAUCGACCAGGCAUUGAAGGAACUCGAUCUCUCUAAGAAACCUGGACAGGAGACUCGAGACGACGCCUUUACGAAACCUUAUGAGCGAAUAUGCGAGCUUCUGAGCAUCAAUACCUACCAUCUCAGAGUGAUCAAUGAGAUGCGCAACCUUUUCGGCCGAGAAGCUAUCGCAGCCGCACAAACCGAAGAAGAGCAAGAUCAGACGCGCUCCAGAAGACAGCGUCAUGCAUUGCCACGGGAAGUAGAUCUGGAGACCUUUCUCAGAGGAACGCCGGGCAAGAGCUUACCGGAAGUUACAUUACGGCGAAACCCUUUCUUGGCCGGAAAGGAGAGUUGGCCUCGCGCUCCUACAGAGGGUUUAACGAUGGAACAGCUCAAGGAGGAGGAGGAAGGAAGCUUAGUUUGCAUGCCUGGUAUCAUCGAGUUUCGCUUUGCACAUGAUGAGAAAUAUAAUAGCCUGGAAAGAGCAUUCUUUGAACUUGUUCAGAUGUAUCAACCGUCGCAGUUAGUGCAAUUUCUGCAUCAUCAUCCAUAUCAUAUUUCCAGCCUUAUCCAGGUCAGCAGAAUCGCGAAGCAGGACCAGAACUCCGCCCUCUCCGCCGAUUUAUGCGAACGAGCCCUCUUCACCUUUGGUCGAGUCUCACUAUCGGCUUUCCGACAGAGGAUAGAACAAGGUAAGGCAAGACUCUCGUUCCGGAGACCCGAGAACCGGCAGUUCUGGCUAGCUGGAUAUCACUAUCUGAAGAAUCUGAUUAUGAAGGGGACAUACCGGACCGCCCUUGAAUGGGCCAAACUUUUGCUUAGUCUAGAUCAUAGCGACCCUUACGGAGUCAUGCACUAUAUCCAUCCGCUCGCCAUUCGAGCGCACGAGUCAAAGUGGUUCAUCGACUUUUGUGAUUCAGAACUGUUGGAGGUAGAUGCGAAGGCUCAAGACUCCCCGGAUUAUGUCAGGCAAACUCUGGUCUUGGCCAAGCUCCAGCAGAAUGAUAUGGUUGGCGCGAAAGCAUUAUUGCUCGAGGGUAUGGAACGAUUGCCUUGGCUCUAUGGAAAUCUCUUCAAGUCACUCAAUCUAUCCGUCCCUCCAGCUGUAUGGGGUAUACAGCCGCGAAAUCGAGAUGAGGAGCUACACACAAACGUUUACAUUCACCAAACAAAAGACUUAUGGGAUAAUAAGCAAGCGACGACCCUUUUACAGGAAGUAGCAAAGGAGGCGAAGAAGGCAGAUCCUAAGAAAUGUCCAUUCCCGCCUACAGUUAAGGACAAUUUCGCGCGAUUCGUAUACUUGCUAGAGAUUCCCUCGUUGAUAGGCCUCAUACCGCGGGAUAUGCUGAAUAGUUCAACUAAUUGGGAAUUCGACCCGCUCCCGCCUGCACUUGACCGGAACAUAUUCUCGCACGAGUCGCAGAGACGACCUUGGACUCCCUCAUCACUCCAGGAACGAUUCGGAGACAGGCUUCGCGAUGGGGAUCGCCAUGAUCUUGGUCGAUUGGUAGCCCAAGCGAGAUUAGCUGGUGCACCGAUAGGUGUUCAGCAGGAUCUUGAGAACGCUCUCGAAGAGGCGCUCUUACAAGUAACCGAUGAUGAUGAUACCGACGCAGAAUUUAUUGACGACAGCGGUGAAGAUGAUGAGGAAGACGGAUCAGGAAGCCGGCGUCCAAACGGUGGCUUAGGGGGUAUCUUCCAAGCCUUUAUGGAUUUAUUUGAUCCUCGUGGCCUCGCUGGUGAUGGGGACAUUGCUGAGUCAGAUCUGGAGGGUAUGCCUGGAGGAUGGCGUGACCUAGACUCAGAAGACUCGGACGGUGAAAUGCCACCUUUAAUAAGCGCUGACGACGAUGAUGAGCAUGAGCACGAACAGCAUGAAAAUGGCGGCAAUCGCGACGACAAUGGCUCGGGCGACGACAUGUCAGAUUUGGUAUGAAUCUGACGCUAUUCAUAGAUAAGAGAGAUCCGUAAUUGGUGUAUGUAUAUUAUGAGAUCACUUUGGCAAUCACUUUGGCAGUGCAAGCAACAAGGAUGACUUCGUCAUUCAUUGAUAGAUCAGAUGGGAGAUAGGUCCACUGAGGAAGAUGACAACCGAAUGGCAAAUUAUAUCGAGAUCUGAUAUCUGAGUUCCGUGCAUAAGCGCCUAAGCUGAAUGGCAAAGUAAAGCUAACGAGCUAUCCGAUACGAUGGUUCCUGCAGGAAGACCAUGCGAAGACGGGGGGAGACGUAGAUCAUGAGGCAAUAAUUGCACGGGACAAGUUUCUAAGUCGGAGCUGGAGUCACAGCCCCUACUGCUCUAAGAAGAUCGAUAUCAGGCUAGAUGCUCCUUAAACUCUUACUACACAUAAUGUGAUGAAGCGAGGCAUCAUAAAUUCGUUAGCUUAAUACGCCUAAGAUUCGGAGUUCUAAUCUUGUGAUGAGCAAGUUUUCUCAAC